UAAAGGCCAUGACACCCUUUCAAUCCUUCCAUCCCAUCCUCUGCCGGCGAGAAAACUUGGCGGCUAGGGACAAGUAAGGCCUGCCAGGCCACAACAUUCAUUCGUCCGUUUCUUUUCGCUUGGUCAAGAAAUGGCGAACUCAGAGGUAUCCGCUGGUUCAAUCUGGGGACCCGGCUUUAUUGGAAUGACAGUCGGUUUAGCUUUGUAUGGUGUGACCAUUGGCCAGUACUUAUACUACAUCUCAACGUUCCCGAAUGACAAACGUCUCAUCAAAUAUGCGGUCCUCCUUGUCUUCGUUCUCGACACCCUUGGUACUAUCACCUUGAUAAGCUUUUUCUGUCGAGAGUUGAUUUUCUGCCGAUGGCAAACGUCAUAUGCUUGCACGGUCGAGAUGCCCUGGGAUUUAAGUGUAACCCUUGCUACUACCUCCCUCGCUGCAUUUUUCGUGCAAUGCUUCUAUGCCCAUAGGGUUUGGAUAAUUGGCGAACGGAACAAGCUCCUGACGGGUGCUGUGCUUAUCGCCGCGCUGGUACAAUUGGUUUUUGGGUUCGCAUUAUUGGAAGCAACGCGUCACACUGGCAGCAUGGCUACCCUCUUUAACAGUCCGUACGCUCCGGUCAAUGCCAUGGGAAGUGCAAUAUGUGAUACGAUCAUCACGGCAAGUGUGUUCUUAUAUCUUCGUCGUUCGCAAUUUCGCAUCCUCCGGAAGGAAAAUUAUAUCCACAAACUCAAUUUGGUUUUUGUUCAAAUGGGCCUGAUCACCUGCUCGACCGCCCUCGCAACCGCUGUACUAUACUAUUCAGAUCAAUUGACUGGACAAUACCUCACUGUUGCGCCAGCUUUCAUUUUGAGCAAAGCAUACUCGAACUCUAUGUUAGCUGUGUUGAACGCAAGGAAACUUGUCUGCUGUGAUCACCAACGGCAUGCUUCAUUGGAGCUUCCUACCCUAUCCAGUAUUCAUUAACCCUCCAACCUGUGCUGUAUAUACUUCCCAUUCAUUCUCUUGCAAACGUGUAUACACGCACCUGGUGUCAACAUACUGAGUAAUUUACAGGGCCAGUGUCCGUGGGGUUUCGACUAAG